AUGUCGCUCACAUACUCUGCGGAGAGGCAGGUGGCCGUCGCUGCGGUCAGGAGGGCCUGCGCGCUGACCUCGUCGGUGUUCAACAAACUCGUGCGGAAUGAGACGCUCACGAAAGAUGACAAGAGCCCAGUGACCGUUGGUGACUUCGCCGCACAGGCAGUCGUUAAUACGAUCCUGUCCCGCACGUUCCCCCACGACCCCGUCGUCGGCGAAGAAGACUCCAGUGACCUCCGCGCAGAAACGGGUGCCUCCCUCCGCGAACGCGUUGUCGCCCUCGCCACCGAGUCGCUCACUGCGCCUCUCCAACCCGGAGAGGACGAAUCAUGGGGCCUUGGCCCCUCCUAUACACACACGUCGGAAGAAAUCCUUGCCGCCAUCGACCGUGGCAACUACGAGGGCGGAAGGACCGGCCGUAAGCACCUCCACUCCCACCUUCUGAGUUCUGCGCUGAUUGUCCGCCCUUGCCCGCUGCGGUCUCCCACGGCAACCCUUGAUCUUUUUGAUCUGAUAGGUAUGUGGACCCUGGACCCAAUCGACGGCACGAAGGGCUUCCUACGCGGCGAACAGUACGCCGUCUGCCUCGCGCUCAUUGUCGACGCGCGCGUCCAGCUCGGCGUCAUCGGCUGCCCAAACCUCCCUGCGGAUCCCGCCCGCCCCGACGGGCCCCGCGGUGCGAUCUUCGUCGCCACCCGCGGUCAGGGCGCGUUUCAGCUCCCGCUCGCACCCUCCUCUGAGGCGCAGGGGAGGCAGCUCCGGAUACCUGCGUUUACGACGGAGACGCUGAAUCUCUUGGAGAGCGUGGAGAAGGCGCACGCGAAGCUGAGUUUCAACGAGAAGGUUGCGAAGCUGCUUGGUGUGACGCGUCCGCCGACGAGGAUGGACAGCCAGGCAAAAUACGCGGCGCUUGCGCGGGGAGACGGUGGCGCGUAUCUGCGCAUGCCGGUGGGAACUGGGUACAAGGAAAAGAUCUGGGACCACGCACCCGGCUCUGUGCUUGUCGAAGAGGCCGGUGGGGUCAUCAGCGACUCGCGUGGAUUGCCGAUCAACUUUGGCUUGGGAAGGACGCUCGGCGAGAAUUUCGGCGUCGAGGAAGAGGCAAAGGAGGAAGGCCAGUAA